AACCCAUUUUGGCCAGAAAAUAGAAUUUUUUUGAAAAGAUUCGUCAUUCUUCUUCCUCCUACCAACAUCCUCCCAGCUCUCGUCACCUCCCCUAAUAAGAAGAAAAAAUAAGAAAAAGAAAAUUCAUAUCCCCAUCACUCCAGUCCCCGUCCAUGGCGUCCUCCUCCACCGCCGCCUCCUCGUCGGCGGCUGCGGCAGCGUAUCCCAGAGCCCCCUUCUCCCUGCGGCGGCGCCCGGGUCUCCUCGCCCUCCUCUUCGUCUUCCUCUGCUUCAUCUCCUUCCAGGUCGUGAUCCAUGUGCCCUCCGCCAGAUCGGCGGUGUCCCAGUGGCUCUUCUCCGGUCACCAAGGUGAGCACCAGCGUCCCAAGAACUGCCCUGGGUGUGGCAAUUCACAGGAUGUGGGUAGUGCUGACAAGACGAUUGCAUACACCGACCAGUAUGGCCGGAUCAAGCUGUUCAAAGUCACCGCCAGAGAGUUGGCGUCAUCCUCUAUCUGGGAGAACCCAUGGUUGCCCAGAGAUAGUCAACCGAUAGCCAGAACCGUACAUGCUGAAUACCACCAUCAAGAGGCUGCUGAGGAUCUUCUACUAGCCAAUGGAUUAGAAACCACCAAUCUUUCAAGUGCAGAAACUCUGGCAACUAAAAGCGUUGAUCCUAUCAAAUUAAAGCGACAGGUAUUUCGGCGUAGAAGAAAGGAGCGGAGGGUACAGGAGUUGCUUCAGGUGGAUAAGAAGGUUGAACUUGAGAUGCGAAAUGCGGCGAUAAACAGCUCAAGGAACUUUGAUAAUAAAGUUAGGGGCAGCUACAACAUAUGGAGGCCAGAGUUCCGCCUUACUAAUACAGAUUCAACCCUAAGGCUCAUGAAAGAUCAGAUAAUAAUGGCCAAGUUAUAUGCCACUAUUGCAAUCUCCCAGAAGGAACCAGACAUGUAUGCCUUGCUCAUGAAGUGCAUAAAAGAAAGCCAAACAGCCAUUGGGGAUGCACUUAUCGAUAGCGAACUCGAUUCGAGUGCUUUAGAGAGAGCAAAAGCAAUGGGGCAUGUGCUCUCUUCGGCUAGAGAUGUUCUGUACAGCUCGAGUGAAGUAUCAAGAAAAUUGCGUGUUAUGCUGCAGUCUACGGAACUAGAUAUCGAUGCAGUUAAGAAACAGAAUUCAUUCCUGGUUCAGCAUGCUGCAAAGACUGUCCCCAUGCCCUUGCACUGCCUACAUAUGCAGCUGACUACCGAUUAUUAUUUUCGUGAUGGUGUGACGAAGGAGCAUUUUCAUGAUGCUGCUUUGAAGGAGGAAGAAAAUAAAGCAAAGCUUGAGGAUAGGUCACUCUAUCACUAUGCUAUAUUUUCUGAUAAUGUGCUUGCAGCCUCAGUAGUUGUCAGAUCAACUGUGACAAAUGCCAAUGAACCAGAGAAGCAUGUGUUCCACAUUGUCACUGAUAGACUUAAUUUUGCAGCCAUGAAGAUGUGGUUCAUUGCUCAUCCUCCCCAGCUGGCUACUGUGCAUGUGGAGAACAUAGACAAUUUCAAGUGGCUCAAUUCAUCGUACUGUUCUGUUCUGCGGCAACUUGAGUCAGCUCGGCUCAAAGAAUAUUACUUCAAAGCACAUGAUCCAUCAUCACUUUCUGAUGGAAACGAGAAUCUAAAGUACAGGAACCCCAAAUAUUUGUCUAUGCUCAACCAUUUAAGGUUCUACAUGCCAGAAAUACACCCGAAGCUUGAAAAGAUACUGUUUCUCGAUGAUGAUAUUGUUGUGCAGAAGGAUUUGACGCCCCUAUGGGAUAUUGAUCUUAAAGGGAUGGUAAAUGGUGCCGUUGAAACCUGUAAAGAGAGUUUUCAUCGCUUUGACACUUAUCUCAACUUCUCACACCCAAAGAUAUCAGAGAACUUCGAUCCACGUGCUUGUGGGUGGGCGUUCGGAAUGAACAUUUUUGACCUGAAGGAGUGGAGGAAGCGAAAUAUCACUGGAAUAUACCAUUAUUGGCAAGAUUUGAAUGAGGAUCGCAAGCUGUGGAAGCUGGGUACAUUGCCUCCGGGACUAAUUACUUUCUACAACCUGACAUACCCAUUGAAUCGUACUUGGCAUGUCUUGGGACUUGGAUAUGAUCCAGCUGUUGACAUUGCUGAGAUCGAUAAUGCUGCGGUAGUUCAUUACAACGGGAAUUACAAGCCCUGGCUUGACCUUGCCAUUUCCAAGUACAAUCCGUACUGGUCCAAGCAUGUACAUCUUGACAGCUCGCAUGUUCAGCAUUGCUAUGCGAGUAAACAAUGACAUCGGCAUCACUUAUUAACAACCGCUCUCUAGGCGAUUGCUUUGAGCACAGCACACCAAGCUGGAUGAUGGCAGCCAAACAUUCCUUCGUUCUGGUUAUAUCUCUUGUAGCAUUUCUCUUGUUUGCUUCAUCAUGAAGCCAGAUUCUGGAAUCUGCUAUUUCCAUGACCUUAUCAGGAAGAGCAGCCUUGGCAAAGUAAUGUAGGCUUAACCCAUCUCUGAACAUAUCAUCUGUUGGGCUUCUUCCUAUAAACAUCUCAAUUAAAGUAAUGCCGAGACUGUAUACUGCAAGCCCUUCUCCAUAUUCUAAAAUAGAUUAGAACAAUUUGGAGCAUAAAUAAGUAUGUGCAAAACUUGUUUAACAAACAUACAGCUAAUUGAAUCUAAUAAUGUAAAGCAGAUAGAGAAGCAUAUUGAAGUUACCUGGGGCAACAUAUCCUAUGGAGCCUCUUAUUCUGAUGGUGCUAUUUGAAUUUAAGAAGUUUUUCUUGCAGCUCCAUUUAGAAUUCUAGCAGUGACAAGAUCUCCAACACAAGCGCUCAUGUCCUGAGUAAGAAGAAUGUUGCUGGGCUUGAGAUCGCAGUGGAUGAUUGAUGUCUGGCAACCAUUAUGAAGGUAGUCUACAGCUUCAAUGUCAACAGUAAUAUCUAACCUCUGUUCCAAGGUGAGUGCUCCAUUUCCACUUGGCUUUCAGUAUCUGAGUGGAUCCAGCUAUCCAAAGCUUCCAUUAGGCAUGAAGUCGAAGACUAGUACUCUGAAGUCUUGACCUUGGUGGUUGUUGCACAGGAUGUGAUGACCUUUACAAGGCAUCGGUGCCUCACCCUUCACAGUGCUUCACAUCCAGCCUGGAAACUUUUGUGCAAUCCUGGUUGCUUAAGAUUAAAUACCUUGACAGCCACAGGAACACCAUGAUUUUGUACAGUACCUCUGUACUGUACCAUAUCUUCCCUUCCCCGAUUGGUAUCUGAGAAUCCAUGGGUUGCUUUGAGUAUUGCAUCUUAUGAGGAGAUGACAGUUGUGAUUUCUUCACUGCCGCCUUAAGACCUUCUGCAAAGAAAUGCAGCUAAAGCAAGCCCAGAGAAUAAAACCAGGAUAGCUCCUGUUUUAGGCACUUCUAUCCUAAGAGACAGUGACAUGGCAUUCUUAUUUUUCCUUGCAGGAGAGUCUGGACAUUGUGGUAGAAGGUAGAUGGAGCUGUGGUAUUCCACCACAUUACUCAUUGUUUCCAACUAUUGAUAGCCCAGUUAGAUUCUUGAAAACCCCUUCUUUUGGUACUUCACCUUGUAAAUUAUUGAAGGAUAGAUCAAGGCGUAGCAGCUAUGUUGAAUUACCUAGGAGUUCUGGGAUUGGUCCUGAUAAAUUAUUGGGGGCAAGGUGCAACUCAUGCAAGUUGACAAUGCUACCUAGGUUCCCUGGGAUGCUGCCCUUCAGUUUGUUGUCUGUCAAAUUCAAUAGAGUGAGGCCUUUUAUAUUCUUCAGCAUGGAAGGUAUGCUUCCAUGUAACGAAUUUCCGUCCAUUAAAACGAAUUCUAGCGAUAGGAUUGGUACCUUCUGUGAUCAUGACAUUUGGAACAACCAAGCUUGACAUCCAAUCACUGUCAAAGUAAAGACCGUGCUGAGUUGAAUAUAGGAAAACCAAACCCUUUUUCAUUUUGUAUAGACAGAAAAUCUACUCGCUGAGAAUUGAUGAAAAUCAUAUAAAGAUGCAAACUUCUGAGUCAGCCGACGACAGGAGGCAACAAAUACGUCAGCAAUUCGCCAAGGUUAUGGUUAGCACAGAUCCUUACAGCUCGUCCAAAGUCAUCUAUCUAUCUAAGCUGACACGCGUAUCAAGCACAUACGGUACCUAAUAGCCAUGA